ACAGGGAGGGCUGUAGUAGAACACUGGUGGAGUAACGCCAAGCAGCGUUUUAUCCUCACUCUGUCGGUAAAGGCGCAGGUUUAUUUGGGCAACAUUGCAGUGCAGAUAAAAAUGUCGUUGUGGGCGAAGUCGUCUGCAGCUGCCCGGCGGCCACCAGCUAACGCGAACCCAAACGGAAGUGGUCAACAGCUGCGUCUGUUUCGGAGAGGAGCGCCUUACCCCACCAGAGAGGAGAGGAGCGAGGAGCUCAAGGAUGUCCUAGACAGCUACGAAGAACUGGAGCAAAUUCAAAACUACAGCGGAAGUGUGAAGUACGAGGCGUACAAGCAUCAGCCAAACGCCAAGCCAGACGGCUGCACUCCAGCAGACCGACGUAAAGCCCUGUAUCAGAAGUUCUACAGACAGGUGCAGGAGGAGAGGAAGCCCGCCGACUGUGUGGUCCUCUCUGUCACCAACCGGUGCCUGGAUUACCCCAAAUCGCUAAGCCAGUGCUUGCAGGAGCGUGGCCUGUCAGUGGAAAUGCUCUACCUUCAGGCGGAAUCGGGCCUGACCCGAGCUCUGCAGGACGUCCGAGCAGACGGCUCCCCGUUAUGUAUUCUGGUGGAGCAGACAAACGUAGUUCUGUCCUCCUGCACUGUUAUCAUAUUCUCAGAAUCCCUCAAAAUCCAUCGCAACAUGCCCAAAGACCAGGCCAUGGACUUUGUUGCAGCCGAGUACAGUCGCAGGCGCGUCAAAGAGCGCAAGCCGAAGGACCCCGCUGACAGUGCAGCCCAGGCGUCGCAGCUGCUGGAUGACUUUCUGGAACGGGAAAAGAUGGAGCGCCACGCGGUUCCCUCCGAAACCCGCCAGCUCGUCUUGCUGCUAGCUGACGGGGUGCAUCUCUACCCCGAGGAGCUGGAAACCAUCUCGGAGUAUGUCCGUUGCCGGCAGGAGCACACACAAGCAUCCAACACCGAGGGACAGAGGGGGAACAUGUUACCUCCAGGACUGGGGAAACCGCCUCCUCUGCUGCCGACGCCACCCGGGCCCCCUCAACCUCAGUCUGCAGGUGGGCCCCUGAUGGAUCACCCCCUGGCACCGGCUCCUCUCUUGCCUUCACCAGGUUCUUAUCCCAAAACCAAACCUCCUCCUCUCCUGUCCUUGCAUCGGCCUUCUGGUCCAUCGUUAGGGGCCUCAUCUUCUCGAGGCCCCCAGUCCUCACACAGCCUCUACGGUGCCCCCCCCGUGUCUCGUGGGCCGUUACUCCAUCACCUUCCUCUAUACCACCCAGGCCCCAGGGGCCCUCUCCUAGGUAGAGGAGCCCCGCCUUCUCUAAAGAGUGCCCGCCCUCCACUUCUCGCUUCUCCAGUUGCCCUUCUUCCACGACCGAGUGGCCCCCGACACUAAAAAAAAUACCAGACAUCCACUCAAACACACACACACACUGUUACACAUGCAGGCUACAAGUGCCAAAAGUGUUUUGAACAUUUCAUCUAACUCUAGAACAGAAGACUUGUGGAGCCUGCAUCAGUCACUUUUUCUUUAUUUUUCUUCUGUUAUAAAAGUGACUGUUUGGUGAAAAAGAUGGUAGUUAAUGUGAAAUAAUAUCAUUGUGGACGGAGUUUAAGGAUGACAUGGAGUAUUCUCAUGACUGAUCAUUUUAAGUAUCUUUUCCAAAAUCCCUCUUUCAUUAUUGUUCUUCCUUUUUCUUUAUAAUGUACUGUGCUUUUCACACAGUCAUCUCAUUUCAAAAAAAAUUAAAUAAUAAAAAAAACAUGUUCCAUA